AUGAAGCAAAAUAGCAAAAUAGUUGCUUCUUAUGUUGGGAAAGACAUUGGACAAGUUUCAAUUGAAGGAGGAGAUGGCAAGGUUCAUGAGUUUGGAGUCAUGUUCUUCGAAACCAGUGCAAAGGCAGGAUUCAAUACCAAGAUAAUGAUCUCCUAUUCUGAUGCAAAAUGCUUACUCUCUGCUAAUCGAAAAUUGCAGCUUCUGUUCCGGAAGAUUGCUGCUGCCUUGCCGGGAAUGGAAACCCUUUCCUCCACGAAACAGGAAGACAUGGUUGAUGUGAAUUUGAAACCUGCUAUCCAUACAUCCCAAACAGAGCAGCAGGGAGGAGGUUGCGCAUGCUAG